AUGUCCACCGCGCCAACGCCGAACCACGGGGGAGACGUCUCGCCUUCCUCUUCUGCCCCGUCGCACUCCCGCGUGUUGCUAGGGCGCAACGCAGGCAAGCUGGAUCCAGCCGAGCACCCGCCACUGCCCGUCGCGGAGGUGGGCGCCGCGAACCGCUCUGCCCAGGUGCGCGGAAUCAUCCUCGGCCUCGGCGGCGGUGUGCUGUCGGCGUUCAUCUCGCGGAAAGCGCUCAAUCUCACCAAGAACGCCUCGUACCUCUCGGGCCUCCUCGCCGGUACGGGUGUGGCGUACAUUACGGCGAGGCAGCAACUGGAGCGCAACCUAGGUGUCGUCGAGUCCGCAGAGAAGACGUUGAGAGGCGCUGUGGCCGACAGUGGCGUCAGGCUAGGGGUGGGCGAGGAGGUCAAGGCGACCGACCAGGAUAUGCUCAAAUACGACCUCCAGGCUGCCGGUGCCGGUGCUGGCGGGUACGAGGCGGGCGUUGCUGGACUGCACGAGUUCAGGGAUAAGUAUGCCUCGUCUCGUGGCGAUCAUUGA